AAAAUGGUUGAAGGAAAUAGUACUACUGUCACUGAAUUCGUCCUCCUGGGCAUCUCAGAUAAUCCACGAAUGCAAAUCAUUUUCUUUGUGGUGUUCCUGAUGGUCUAUCUUGUCAAUGUUGUGGGGAACCUAGGCAUGAUCAUCCUGAUCUCGCUCGAUGCCCAGCUUCACACCCCGAUGUACUUCUUCCUGUGGCACCUGUCCUUCUGUGACAUCUGCUACUCCUCUGCCAUUGCCCCCAGAAUGUUGUCUGACUUAUUAUCCAAAAGCAGGACCAUCUCCCUCCACGGCUGCACUGCGCAGUUCUACUUCUUUGCUGCCUUCGUGGAUGCUGAGUGCUACAUUUUGGCAGUGAUGGCCUACGAUCGCUAUGUGGCCAUCUGCAACCCAUUGCACUAUGCCUCGGCCAUCUCCAAGCCUGUCUGCUUCCGGCUCUUAUUUGGAUCAUAUAUUGCUGGCACAACGAAUGCCAUCAUACACACAGCAGCCACCUUCAGCCUGCGCUUCUGCCGCUCCAACCUCAUCAACCAUUUUUUCUGUGAUGUUCCUCCACUCCUGGCAAUCUCUUGCUCUGACACCCACGUCAAUGAGAUCCUGCUUUUUGCUUUCGCCGGCUUUGUCGAGAUGAGCUCCCUCUCCGUUAUCCUCCUGUCUUACAUCUUCAUCUUGGCAUCUGUCCUGAGAAUACACUCCAGUUCGGGGAGGCUCAAAGCCUUCUCCACCUGUGGGUCCCACUUCACCGGAGUCACUUUGUUUUAUGGGACCGUGAUUUUCAUGUACCUGCGACCCACAUCUGUCUAUGCCUUGGAUCAAGACAAAUGGGCAUCCGUCUUCUACACCGUAAUCAUCCCCAUGCUCAACCCACUGAUCUACAGCCUGAGGAAUAAGGAUGUUAAAGCAGCUUUUAGAAAACUCAUCAUCAAGAAGCUCACCUCUGUCUAA